GCCUCCUUGGGAAGGGUGUUUGGAGGGCAGCGGCCGCCCCAAGCCGGAGCCCCGCAGCGCUUCUUAUGAUCAGCUCGGUGUGUGUCUCCUCCUACCGCGGGCGCAAGUCGGGGAACAAGCCUCCGUCCAAAACAUGUCUGAAGGAGGAGAUGGCCAAGGGCGAGGCGUCGGAGAAGAUCAUCAUCAACGUGGGCGGCACGCGACAUGAGACCUACCGCAGCACCCUGCGCACCCUACCGGGCACCCGUCUUGCCUGGCUGGCGGAUCCCGACGGCGGGGGUCGGCCGGAGUCGGAUGGCGGCGGUGCAGGCAGUAGCGGCAGCAGCGGCGGCGGCGGCGGCGGCGGCGGGGGCUGUGAGUUCUUCUUUGAUCGGCACCCGGGUGUUUUUGCCUAUGUGCUCAACUACUACCGUACCGGCAAGCUGCACUGCCCCGCCGACGUCUGUGGGCCUCUCUUCGAGGAAGAGCUCACCUUCUGGGGUAUCGAUGAAACUGAUGUGGAACCCUGCUGCUGGAUGACCUAUAGGCAGCACCGUGAUGCUGAGGAGGCACUGGACAUCUUCGAGAGCCCGGACGGGGGCGGGGGUGGCGCAGGGCCCAGCGAUGAGGCUGGCGACGAUGAGCGGGAGUUGGCCUUGCAGCGACUGGGCCCCCAUGAGGGAGGCGCGGGCCCUGGUGCUGGAUCCGGAGGCUGCCGUGGCUGGCAGCCCCGAAUGUGGGCGCUCUUCGAGGAUCCCUACUCAUCCCGGGCAGCCAGGGUGGUAGCCUUUGCCUCUCUGUUCUUCAUCCUGGUCUCCAUCACCACCUUCUGCCUGGAGACCCAUGAGGCCUUCAACAUUGACCGCAAUGUGACAGAGAUCCACCGGGUAGGGAAUAUCACCAGCGUGCGCUUCCGGCGGGAGGUAGAAACAGAGCCCAUUCUUACCUACAUCGAGGGUGUAUGCGUGAUGUGGUUCACGCUAGAGUUCCUGGUUCGCAUUGUGUGCUGCCCAGACACACUGGACUUUGUCAAGAACCUGCUCAACAUCAUCGACUUUGUGGCCAUCUUGCCCUUCUAUCUGGAGGUGGGGUUGAGUGGCCUGUCAUCCAAGGCAGCUCGAGAUGUGCUGGGUUUCCUGCGUGUGGUGCGCUUUGUACGCAUCCUGCGGAUCUUCAAGCUCACGCGCCACUUUGUGGGGCUGCGUGUGCUGGGCCACACACUCCGGGCCAGCACCAAUGAGUUCCUGUUGCUUAUCAUCUUUCUGGCCCUGGGUGUGCUCAUCUUUGCCACCAUGAUCUAUUACGCCGAACGAAUUGGGGCCAGGCCAUCUGACCCAAGGGGCAAUGACCACACCGACUUCAAGAAUAUCCCCAUUGGCUUCUGGUGGGCCGUGGUCACCAUGACAACACUUGGCUAUGGGGACAUGUACCCUAAGACAUGGUCAGGAAUGCUGGUUGGGGCACUGUGUGCGCUGGCUGGUGUGCUAACCAUUGCCAUGCCUGUGCCUGUCAUCGUCAACAAUUUUGGUAUGUACUACUCCCUGGCUAUGGCCAAGCAGAAGCUGCCCAAGAAGCGAAAGAAGCAUGUACCGCGGCCAGCCCAGCUGGAGUCACCCAUUUACUGCAAGUCUGAGGAGACUUCGCCCCGGGACAGCACCUACAGUGACACCAGCCCCCCUGCCCGGGAAGAGGGUAUGGUUGAGAGGAAACGGGCAGACUCUAAGCAGAAUGGUGAUGCUAAUGCGGUGCUGUCUGAUGAGGAGGGAGCUGGCCUCACCCAGCCCCUGGCCUCAGCCCCCACCCCCGAGGAGCGUCGAGCCCUGCGACGCUCAGGUACACGAGACAGAAACAAGAAGGCAGCCGCUUGCUUCCUGCUCAGUGCUGGGGACUAUGCCUGUGCUGACGGCAGUGUCCGGAAAGAAGGCAAUGUUGAACCGAAAGCGUGCGUCCCAGUGUCUCACACCUGUGCUCUUUAAACACAGAGACCUGCCAAGACGCCCUCUCGUCCAACUAUGCCCACGCUGAAGUCCUCACCCUCUCUUAACGCGGCACCAACGUGAGAAAGACAGGCAGACAGACAGAAAGCCAGAGGCUUAGGGAAACUCUGGAACCCAGGCACGAAUCUUUCGCUGGGAAAGACUCAGAUAUCCUUGUUUGCACAAGACUGGUGGAAAAACCUCCCAUGUGACUCUCGGGGCCCAGAGCCAUCUGGGUCUGAUACUCUGUUCUACUGUACAUUGAAGAGACAUAUAUGCACAUAUAGUAUCUAUAUUCAUACAUACUAUAUAACUCUUGUGUGUAGUGCACGUGCUACUGGUGGUCUGUCUUCAUUGUUAGGCUAUGUCUCCCAAGUCCUCUUCCCACCCUGUCUCCCCCCUUCUCUUCCUUCAUGGAUUGUUUCUUCUGACCGUGUUGUAUGGAUUGUCCCAGGAAAAGUGCACCUGGAACCUGCCUCUCCAGCUGGGUGGUCCCAGGCUGCUCUCACUUGGGGGUGUUUCCCCUGCCAGCAAGUGGCCUGUGGAAGUCUGUUAAGGCAAGGUUGCCCUCCAGGGCCACUGCUUCACUAGCCCAACCCCACCCCAGAUUGGGGUUCUACCUCCCACCCCACACCCCGGUUUGUGGGGGCACUUCCAGGGGUUCUUCCACAGCCCCUGCCACUCCUUCCAAGCACCCCUUCUGUGCCUUUGACAGAGGGGAGUUUCAUUUCUUCUGUGUGAGUCUCCUUUGUCCACUUGUUUUCAAAGAUGCUGCUGGGCAGGUGGAAGGGGAUCUGUUUGCCCGUCUGGCUCAGGGGUCUGAGAAGGGGACACUUUUGGCGAGAGGAGACGAGUUGCAAUACUGUACUUCCUGGCCGGUGGCCAGAGGAUGCGUGCAAUAGCAGAGGCCAGGUGACCCCUUCAGCCUCGGCCUCUGCCUCUCCCUCAGCCCUUCCUGCCCACCCUUGGUAUCGGUCAGUCCUUUUCUAAAGCUGUCCCCUUG